AAAAAAACGUAUUCCCCAUACCGGAAGUGAGAGUUCGUGCGGUUGUUUUGGUUCAGUUUCAGCGCAUUGUUUAUUAACAGCAGAGUAAUUCACAGGUAUUUGAACAAAGAACUUUACAGUCAUUCGAAAUAUACCAGACAUGUAAAGUAUGUUCUCUAUAAUUCCAGGACUGGAAGAACAUGUUGAGACUGAGAGCGAGGACUCCGCGGAAAAUAAAACUGAUUUUUCGGCAGAAGAAGAACAUCUUUCAGGCGAUGACGACAUGAAACCCCACACAUCCCCGGCGAAGGGAAUUUCUCAAACCAUGUUGGAGAAAUUUCAAGAACUGCAGAAACGUCGAGAAGAAGCAGCCAAAGAGAAGAUCCCAGAGUAUAAGAAAGGAAAACGGAAAAGGAAAAGAAAGCACAAAAGAGAUCCAAAUUCGUCAUCAUCUUCAAAGGGAGAAGAUGAUGAGGAGGAAGUGAGAAAAAAAGUAGCACACUGGGACAACCUGAAACAGUAUAUCGGUGUCAACGACCACAUGAAAGGUGUCAGUCAUGAUAGAUUAAUUCCAACGUCGGGCCUGGAGAAAGAAAUAAACAAAGCUAUCUCAGAAGGCGAUAUAAGUAAGGCUGAAGACUUGAGUGACAGAUUAGAAAAGAGAGACCUGGCUGAGAAAGUGUCACAAGCAAUUGAUGCUAGGGAGUACAUGGCAAGAAAAAAGAUACAAGACGAGGAGAAAAAAGCCAAAAAGGGAAAGAAAAACAAACCAGCAUGGACAUUUGAGGCAAAGGAAAGAUGGGAAAUGAAAGCUGCAAUGUAAAUUAAAAGUAUCCACUAGUAUUGCUGGAGAAAAAGAAUGGACAUGAAAGCUCAAAUGUAACAGAAUGGAUCUCCACCAGUGAUGAAACAGCUACUUCGUACUUCAGAUAUUCAACUGCUGCAAGUUAUGUUGGAUAUGCAGUAUAUAUGUAUAAGUGUAUUGUAAUUUCUAUACCAAACUAUGAGACAAGACAAAUCAUGAGGCAAUUCAAAUCUACAGUGGCAGUAACUCUUGUCUGAUGUACUAUGUAUCUUUUUAAUUUUUUUAAUGCAAAAAAGUUUAUUGUUUAAGGUUUAAUAAACUGAACAUU